UUAGCAUUUUCCUUCUCGAGUCGUUCCACAUCGUUGUCACCUGCAAACACUAAAUACUCACAAGGAAUGUAAUGUAAUAUUUGGAACAUGUUUCUGCCCUCUAGAUAUCUAAAUACGCACAAUGUUUUGAAUUGUAUCAUUUGGUUUUGUGGCUGGUUUCGAUACAGUGAUUUUUUGCGCGAGUGACUGACUGCAGUGGAGCGGUUCCUUCAACACAAGCGCGACACUUGGCGAUGGAGCAGAAACCACCAGCUACAGAAGCAUAAUCUCUUACAUUGCCAAAAUUACGGGCGGAAUUAAAUACAACUCUCUGUCUCCGGCCUCUCAAAGGAGAGACAGGAGGUUCAUCAUGUCUGCAAAAGAGAGAUUAAAAGGGAAGAUGACCAAAGACAGCGUUACCUUACUGCCAUGUUUCUAUUUCGUUGAGCUUCCCAUCCUGGCCUCUUCUGUGGUCAGUCUGUAUUUUCUGGAGCUGACAGAUGUGUUCAAACCGGUGCGGUCAGGUUACAGCUGCAAUGACCGAAGUCUGAGCAUGCCCUACAUCGAGCCCGCUCAGGAGGCCAUCCCCUUCCUCAUUCUCUUCAGUCUGGCCUUCGCUGGACCUGCAGCCACGAUAAUGAUAGGAGAAGGUAUCCUGUAUUGCUGUCUGUCCAGGAAAAAGAGUGGGGUCAAAACAGAGGCCAAUAUCAACGCAGCCGGCUGCAAUUUCAACUCGUAUAUACGGCGAGCUGUUCGGUUUGUUGGGGUUCAUGUAUUUGGCUUAUGCAUCACGGCUCUCAUCACUGACAUCAUCCAGCUGUCGACGGGUUACCACGCCCCCUACUUCCUGACAGUGUGUAAACCAAACUACACCAUACUCAACAUGACCUGUGACGACAGCUCCUUCAUCAUAGAGGACAUCUGUUCUGAUGGAGCAGACCCAGCCGUCAUCAACUCUGGCAGGAAGUCCUUUCCCUCGCAGCAUGCUACUCUGGCUGCCUUCGCUGCUGUCUAUAUCUCUAUGUACUUCAACGCGACGUUGACAGAAUCCUCCAAGCUGCUGAAGCCCCUGUUGGUCUUCUCCUUCAUCAUGGGUGGCAUCAUCUGUGGGCUGACCCGCAUCAUCCAGUUCAAGAACCACGCCAUCGACGUCUACUGUGGCUUCCUCAUCGGAGGAGGGAUCGCCGUCUACCUGGGUCUGAAUGCAGUGGGUAACUUCCAGCCCAGUGAGGACACAUCCAGACAGCAGCCCCAGCCUCCCCCGCUCCGAGAGCCCCCCAGGAGCAACACUGUGCCCAACGUCAGCCAGAAUGCAGGUCGCCACCUGCAGCCCAACAGCCUCAACAGCAUGAACAGCCUAAAUAGCGUGAGCACAGCGGACGGCCUCACCGCGGCCCACCCCGAGACCAUCCUGACCCGGGUGCCCUCCUGCCGCGAGUCCAGCUCCCUGAAUAAUCUGAAGAGGGCCAGCGCCGAUUUGGAGUGCAUCACCCCGCCGAGUCCCAUGGGGAAACAGGACUGUCUGGUGACCUUUAACAGUAGCACGUUACCCAGGUCACAUGGUGGCUCACUACCCGAGGAGCACCGCGUCCCUCGCCGCCACGCCAGCAUCCACUCCUCCAUGGACUCCACGCGCUCCAAGCAGCUGCUGUCUCAGUGGAAGAGCAAGAACGAGAACCGGAAGCUCUCUCUUCAGGUGAUGGACAGCGGGGUGGUUGUGGGACGCCACCAUUCAACAUCCUCCUCCUCCUCGCCUCAGAGGACCAUGGAGCUGAGGUGCAGCUCUGAGCCAUCCGCCAUGGGCCUGGAGGCAGAGCUUCGUGCUCAGGGACACAUCCCCGCCCAGUACAUGAAGCUGGCAGCCAGCACCGUGCCACUGUCCAACCACCUCCCCCACAACGGGGGCAGCAGUGGCCUGGCAGGGGGGGCCCGCGUGUCCAUCCAGUCCCGGCCAGGCUCCUCCCAGCUCGUCCACAUCCCAGAGGAGACGCAGGAGCACGUCAACAGCGGCACCUCCAGUAGGGAGGACGAGGAUGAUGACGACAGGGAGGAUAACUAUGGCGGCGGUGGGAUUCCUGGUGGGGGAGGCUCGGUUCGCUCCAAGUGGCUGAAGGAGGGCGCCCCCUGCAGGACUAACAGUCUAACUAACCAGCCACGCAUCAUGCAGGUCAUCACCAUGUCCAAGCAGCAGGGUCUGCUCCAGCACGGCAGCCCCAAGAGCUCCGAGGACGGCAGCGUGGUCAGCUGCACAGGCUCCAUCCAGUACAAGGCCCUGAUGGACCAGGAGGCCGGCCAGGGGAUCGUGAGGGUGGAGGCCCAUCCAGAGAACAAGCCUGUGAUCAAGCCUCCGGACGGCAGUGGCUCCUGGAGGUGGAAGCCCCAGGAGCAGCGUGGCAGCAUCCGCCAGGCCUUCGAGCUCAACGACCUCAACCGUGACACGGAGAGCUGCGACUCGCUCAAGGACGGCUACGGCUCCUUCGAUGGCAGGAGGAGCCAGACAGGCACCGACACCGGCAGCGAGCAUGGCGGUGGCAGUGGGGGAGGCGGUCACCCACACGUGCACCACCCUCACUACCACCACCACCACCACCCCCACCAAGGCAUCACCACCAUCCGUGUGACCCCUGUGGAGGGACUAGGAGGAGGAAGUGAGGCCGCCUCCGAGACCCUCUCCAUCGCCUCCAGCAGGGAGUCCACCCUGCGGAGAAAAGGCAACAUCAUCCUGCUCCCGGAUAGAGGUCAGAGUCCAGACAACUCCAGGAACUAUUUCAAAGGGACCUCCCCCACACCGCCCCCCACCCUGGGACUGGCCUAUAGAGAGUGAACAGCUGCCCCAGUCAUCCCUUACCCUUACCAUUCCCCCUUACCGCCCAUGUGGUGGCCUAUCUGUCCCCCCAUGAGUGGCCUUCUACACUGGGUCUAGUCUGGAACCCACAAUAGGACCAUUGAACACAUUCAGCUACGACUGUAUAUUAUCAAACCCAUCAUGGAUUCAGUGGUGUUAACUGGGCUGGCUUACCUUUUCCAGUGCCAUUCUGAAGGUCAUAAUUCAUUAGCUAGCUCAGUGUGUCUAGUACAGGAAGGCCACUACAGUGUUUUUCCAUUCUGCAAAAAUCUGUUUUUUUUUUUUGUUUUCAGCAGUUUGUUGUUAGACUUGGUUUGAUAGGACCGGAUUAAAUGUAUGUGUGUGUUCUUUGAGAAAUGCAGUAAAAAUAUAUAUAUUUUAAUGAAGUAAGCUUUAUGUGACAGAUUUUUGAGUGCAGACCCAUUUCACCUCGUUGUUUGUCUGAAUUCGUGGUUUUUACGCACCAGCCAAGCACCAUGGUUCUUUUUUGAUUUGAAAAUGAAACUCUAUCACACACAAUGGUCCUUUAAGAAUGCAGGAGAUGCUGGAAUAAUCGCCACAAAGUCAUUUUGCGCACACCUUUCAAACCUUAUUUCAUUACAUAAACUUCCAUUUGACAAGCACAAGUACUAACUCUUUUAAUACAAUGGCUAUAGUGGUUUUAACUUCGAAUUUGAUACUAUUUGUUAUCAAAUUGCAAGAGGCUUUGAUGGCAAUGAACCAUGCAGGUUAUGUAUUAAGUUGAUGGACAUGAUGUUUUGUAGGCCUUUUCCAUUGAUGUACUGUGCGCUUUCUCAGCAACAUAUAAAUGUCCUUGUGUAAUGUGACCAUGAUUGGGUGUUGCACUGCAUAGCAACACUGGAGGGGCUUUUCAUAAGACGACGAACCAUGACAAUUGUGAAAAUACAUUUUUAUAUUUUUUGCUAUGUACAUAUUUAUAGUUCCCCCGAUUGAUCUGCAACAAUAUUCAGAUGUCUUCAUUGGCUUAUUACUAAUUAUUGAUAGUCUAUUUUAACAAAUAUGGGUUUAUUCAAUGUUGUUGUUUUUAGAACUUUUGCGGGAUAUGAAUUUGUUUGGCAGGUGAUUUACAACAGAGCAAUGUUUUAAGAAAUCACCAAAUAUUAUCCAUGGGUUGCAAAAUUCCGUUAACUUUCCACAAAUUUCCUGGUUGUCCAGAAAUCCUGGUUGAAUUCCCUCACGACUCCAGGGUUCUUCCAACUGGGAUUUCUGUAAAACCUGGGAAUUUUGGGGAAAUGAACAUCAUUUUGCAACCCUAAUUAUCGCUGUGAACACACCAGUCUUUCCCUGUGCUUUAGCCACACAUUGUAUCCCUCGAACAGUAUAACAUGCUUUUCUUAGCUUACAAGGGCAGCAAAUGAAGUAUGUUAAUAGGGGCAGUGGAUACAGUAUGUAAGACAAUAUAUUUCUAGGAGCAGUGGAUUAACUAUGUAAGAUAAUUACUUACCAGGAGCAGUGGAUACAGUACCUUAAUCAAAUUAGUUUUGCUUAAAGACUGGAAAUUCAAGAGGAACUUUACACUUUGCAUCCUGUAUUGCCUUUGACGAAGUAUACUAACAAGUAUUCGCUGUUUUUUGAUACAUACAGUGACCUUUUUCCUAUUAGCAACCUGUAUGGUAGUUUAAGAAAAUGUUUGUUUUUUUCUGCAAAAUGUUUAACAGCUGUACAAGUUUUUAAUGCUACUCAAAUAUGUUUUAAGUAAAUGUAUCUAUUGAUGAGUGACAUAAAAGGGAAACCACUCUCGGUAGAGGCUGCUCUUCCUGGUACAUUGAUAUGUGCACAAUAAUUGAUUUAAUUGUCCAGUUUGAUUUUCCCGAUUGGACAAUGUGGCAGCACAGCCUGUGCUGGGAACUUUGGUUAUGCUGUUAGAUUAAAAUCAAUCAUACAUUAGUGUUCCUUGGGCGAUAAUGAACCAUGCACGAUUCAGGACUGAGGAGAGGUUGUAUAAUGGCAAUAGCAUCCCUCUCCCUCCCACAAGAGAACAGUAAACAAGUGAGUCAUACUCAGUAUCCAAACUAUGUAAGUGCAAAAAUAACAUUACAAACACUACCAUUGAUUAGUGGCACUGUAAUUCUAACAUUACUCUAUGUGUGUUAUAUGCUGCCAUUGAACAAUAUAAUUGUUCAAUGAAAACCUUUCAAUGAUUUUUAUCCCGUUUGUUGUGCAAAGGUAGGGCCAAUCAACAAUACAUGAAUGAAAGUGUGGCUUUUACAGUACAUAUUUAUUUAUUUAUUUCACCUUUAUUUAACCAGGCAGGCAAGUUGAGAACAAGUUCUAAUUUACAAUUGCGACCUGUAUAGUAUACUAUGCUGCAGAGGAAGCUGGUGGGAGGAGCUAUAGGAGGAUGUGCUCAUUGUAAUGACUGGAAUAGAAUAAAUGGAAUGGUAUCAAACACAUCAAACAUACGGAAGCAUAUGGAAACCAUUUUUUUCAUUCCAGCCAUUACAAUGAGCCCGUCCUCAUAUAGCUCCUCCCACCAGCCUCUGAUACCUUUAUAAAACUGCCAAGAACGUACUGUUCAUAUACAUCAGGGGUCUCAAAGACAUUUCACCCAGUUCCACAUUCUGUCUUUAAUGAGGCCUGUCAGUUUGAGAUCCCUGAUAUACAGUGCUAUGUGCAUAGAACACUAGCUUUACUCAUGACACCUGAGAUAGCUACAAUAGUGUUUACACUCGUUUUUACAGUGGUCAUAAUAUGCCAGUUGCAUUUGGAUUACCAAUAUAAUUCAUGUAUUGAGCUUGUUUGUGUUUGUACCAGAGGUUGGAACUGAAAUUCUUUUCCAAUCGUUUCGUUCUGAACAGUACCAACCAUUCUUUUUUUGUUGUUCCUUUAUACUGUUCCGACCAGCUAAAUAAAGUUCUGAAACGGUUCGAACCCCAAAAAUGGUUAAUAUCGUUUCUGUUCCUUUUUAAACCUUUUAAAAUAUAUAUAUAUUUAAAUGACUUAAUCAAUCAGUGGAUAGAGCAGCUUGCUAUGGAGCUAUAGGUGUUUACAUUGGACAGACAACUGUAGGUUGUGAGAUGUGACAGAAAUUUUGCGGGUGGGGAGAGAACAAGAGAGGGUGGAGGUGGCUUGGCUUGAAACACUGGGCAUCUUGUUAAGACAUGCAUGAUCUCAAUUAGGCCUACAGAAUUGUAGGAGGGGCUUCUAUGGAGGAACAUUGAAUGUCUUUGAACUUCCGAGAGUUGGUUUAACGUUGGACCAGAGCUAGCUUGUAAGCUUGUGUGUGCAGAGCGGCACCAGAAUAAUAAAUAACAAACACGUCCUACCUUUUUGUAGUUAAUAAAUCCAAUGUGAAACGUAAUUACUAUAGUAUCCUUAACAAGCAUUGAAAUAGUGAAUCCAUUCUUCUCCAAUUAAAAAUGUUUCUCCCUAAUUUAUGAAUCACGCUAGUAAUGUAAGUAGGCUGCAGUAGCCUAUGCUUCAGAUGGGAGGGGCAGGUAGCCUACACACGUACACACACAGGCAAAGAUUUUCAUCUGUGUCUCCCGAUGGCAUGGUGGUCUAAGGCACUGCAGUGCUAGCUGUGCCACUAGAGAUUCUGAGUUUGAGUCCAGGCUCCAGACCCAUAGGGCGGCGCACAAUUGGCCCAGCG